AUCGACACCAUUGUUUCAUUCUCAUUCUUCAUUGACAUGGGGGUGAGUAAACGAAGUAAACAUGAAAGAAAGAAGUCACUGAAAAGUGCUCCAGGAUUGUCCAGGGCGAAAAACAGUUGGGCUAGCACCCAGAACAGAAUCUUAAGGCGCAAGAGAGAGACCCUAUGCUGCAUCUACAAGGCUGCAUCUACAGAAAACUCAAUGGAGGACCGUGGCAUGCGUUUCCGUUAUCGUUACCAUCUCCAAUUUCGAAGAACAUCAAUUUCCUGAAAGAAAUUUGAAGAACUAUCCGCAUACUGCAGAGAAGGUGGUCUUCUGUUUGCAACAUCACCUUUAUGGAAUCCAUUUGAAGACUCUUAAGAAAGAAUGGCUGCAAGUGAUUCUAUCAAAAGUCUCUCACUGGCAUCUCUUCUGUCUUACUGAAAACCAUUGCACGCAUAUGGGCACUAAACAACGGAUCACUCUCCUAGGAACAGUGGCUGCCUAGCGCGUCGAGUGCCGCCCGCCACGCCAGCCGCUUGACUGUAGAGGGUGUGAAUUCUCCUGGUGUAGCGCAACUGUGCAGCUCGCGGAUGCGCAGCACAGUUACGCUGGACUAUAUACGUGCCUUUAGAAGCCGUUGGCAUGUGACGAGGGACAGAAGGUGGCAGUUCACUUGAGCAACAGUUUCGCAACGAACGGCCACAGCAUACUUAUGUGCACGAAUCAGCAAGUUCCAACCCUUUGGAGUGUGACAACUGUGUGUGUAUUCGGACAACUGUGAUACAUGGAGCUGUCCCCAGAGUUCAACGAUCAGCUCAUUAGAGUAAAAUUGGAACCUCCUGACACUGCAUGCCUACCAGAACAGGAGAUGACAGCUGGGACGUGCCACAUUAAAGAAGAACUUCUAGACGACUCUUCAGAUGAACAUUCGAUCAUAGAAGUGGAAACGGAGCCUUACAACAUUGCAAUUUUGACGGGCCGGGACCAAAUAGGACAGAGCCAUAACUCCACAUUACAAGAUGCAACAGCAAUCUCUCUCAUGCAUCACGUUAAGGAUGAGCCCACAAACAGUUGUGAUCCAGUGUCGUCAGCUAGCCUGAAGCAUCUUAUCGUGACGGAGGAUCAGGUGGGAGAGAAAUGGCUCGAGUGCGACCUCAGUUCAGCUACAUUCAACCAGUCUGAGAGUGCCAAGAACCACAUGUUAAGGCACACAGACAACAUGCUCUGCAAGUCCGAUCCCCGUCCUGCAGAGUCCAGCAAGAGUUCGCACCUACAGGUUCACGAGAAGACACACACAGAUGCAACAACAAACACUCACAUGCUUCAUCUUAAGGAUGAUCCCACAGACCGUUGUGAUCCAGCAUCGUCAGCUAGCCUGAAGCAUCCCGUCGCGAUGAAGGAUCAGGUGGGAGAGCAGAGGCUCGAGUGCAACCCCAGUUCAGCUACUUCCUCACAGUCUGAAAGUGCCAAAAACCACAUGCAGAAGCACACUGACAACAUCCUAUACAAGUCCGAUCCCUGUCCUGCAGAGUUCAGACAGAGUUCGCACCUGCAGCAACACAAGAAGACACACACAUCCAAGAAGCUGUACAAGUGUGAUAUCUGUUCUGCAGAUUUCAUCUGGAGCGCGUACCUGCAGCAUCACAAGAAGACACACAUGGGCAAAACGCUGUACAAGUGCGAUCUCUGUCCUGCAGAAUUCAGUCACAGUUUGCACUUGCAGCAUCAUAAGAAGACACACGCGUGUGAAAAACCAUACAAGUGCAAUAUCUGUCCUGCAGCCUACAGCCACAGCAAGAGCCUGCAGUGUCACAAGAAGACACACAUGGGUGAGGACCUGUACAAGUGCAAUCUCUGCUCAGCAGAUUUCAGACAGAGUUUGCACCUGCAGCAUCACAAGAAGACACACGUGGGGGAGAAGCUGUACGGAUGUGAUCUCUGUCCCCGUAAGUUCAUCCAGCUGCACCACCUGACGGGUCACAUACGGAUUCAUACUCCUGAGAAGCUGUACAAGUGCAAUCUGUGUCCUGCAGAGUUCAGCCAGAGUUGGUACCUGGAACGUCACGAGAAGACACACACUGACGAGAAGCCAUACAAGUGAGAUCUUUGUUCUGCUGAAUUCGUCUGGAGGAUGCAUCUAGACCGUCACAAGAAGGCACAUGCGGUCAAGAUGUCAUGCAAGUACAAUCUCUGUUCUGCAGAGUUGAGUAAGAGUUGUCACCUGCAGUGUCACAAGAAGACACACACGGACAAGAACCCAUACAAAUGCAGUAUUUACCCUGCAGCCAUCAACCACAACAGGUGUCUGCUGUAGCAUAAGGAGACACACGGGUGAGAAGCUGUACAAGUGUGAUCUCUACCCUGCAGAGUUUAGGUACAGCACGCUCAUGAAGUGUUACGAGAAGACAUGUUGGGCGAAAAGCCAUACAAGCAUCUGCCCUGCAGCAUUACAACACAGACCAAGUGUGACGGCAUGCAAGUGCGAUCUCUGUCCCUCUGAGUUCUCCCAGCUGCACCACCUAAAGGAGCACUUACAGACUUAUACUGAUGAGAAGCUGUGUAACUGCAAUACCUUUGCUGCAGAGUUCAUCCGGGGUACACAUGUGCAGUGUCACAAGAAAACAUGCACAAACAAGAAGCCAUACAAGUAAGUGCAGUCCCUGUUGUGGAGAGUUCACCCACAGCAGGCACCUCCGGCAUCAGAAGCAGACACACGUGCACAAGCAACCAUAUGUGUGAUCUCUGUCCUAUGGAGUACACACAGAGCAUGGAACUGUGCUGUUCGAAAUGGGAAUGCACAUGAGAGGGGUGUACAAGUGUCAUCUCUGCGCUGUUACAUGUCUUCAACUCGGAGACCCCAAUAAGAGGAAAGACUAUACACAUGCAAACUAUAUCUCUUCAUGUUUAAUUCCUGCGUGAUGUUUAAAACUUACCUGACGUGAAUGAAUCGACUGUGGUUCAGAAGAGUUGUAAUCUGUGCAAGUUAGUGAUGUAUAUAGCAAAAUCCUUAAAAAACAAAUACGGUGCUGAGAAAAUCAAGACAACCACGAAAAGGACUCCUUCACACAGACUGUGAACUGCCAUCCAUGGGUCCAUCAAGCAUGGGUUGAUCCAGGGGUGGCCCAAGUCAUAUCUGAAUGCCCCCUGUCACCCAGCACACAUUUCCCGUACAAAGCCGUGUACUCCUUUUCGUGCAACAACGCAAAAGUGACUAAACGGCUAUGACUAGGGUGGGAUGUUUUAGGGUAAAACCCGAUAUCAACCUAAUUUACAUCCUGAAUGACACACAAAUUGAUCGGGUUUUACCCGAUUUCUACCAGUCAGUUUCGAUGCCUUUGAGUUGUCUUUGCCUCUGCUCCUCUUGCACACGUCCCGCAGCUGCAGUGCUUGCGAGCUUGUUGGUGCCAGUUUUUGCCAAGUUCAUUUCCGUACAGUUUUGCCAGUCUUGCUUCACGUCACAGCUCUGGAGCAUUUCUGUACGUGUCCUGUGCAUCGUUUCUUGUUGCUGUCCUGUGUCAUGGACCGAAAACGGAACUACCUAGAGGACUGGACAGCACAGUACGAGGACUUACAGAUUGUAAAAAAUGGCGACGACAGAGACGUGCUCGCUUGUCGCUUUUGCAGCCUUAUUCUGCCAUCACACCUGUCGAAGAAGCCCUAUGACUGCGUUACAGAGCAUCUAGCUUCAGCAAGACAUGGUUGCCUCAAAAGGAAAGCAAUAGGAGACCAGGCGUUAUUCAGUGUCUGCUACAGUCAACAAGAAAAUGAAAAGAAUGCAUAAGCAUUAUUCACAAGUUUGUCCACACGUUGACCACAAGUAGAAUAAACCUCGAGCAUGCUGAUGGGCCCCUUGGAGAGUUUGCGCAAAAGCACUGCCCUGCUGCGAAAACCAUGCCCGGAGGGCACCAGCUCUGGUGGAAACAAGGGCUCGAGGUGUUUAACAAGCACCUGGAUGACAACAGAGAUGAGAUAAAGGAAGCAAAACCAAGUAUCAUUGUCAAUGAGUCAGCAGAUAUCAUGGGAUAUCCCACGAUAAAUUCACUUGCGUGCUUUGACAGUGCCAGGUAUAGUAGCAACAAGAAGUUGUCUACCUUGUGAACGUCGUGCUGGUGAAGCUCUCCAACAACUACACCACUGCGAAUGUCCUUCGUGAUGCAGUCUCGGUGCUCGGCAAAUCAUGGCGCAACUUAAUAGCGAUCUCAAGUGAUUCGGCCCCAUGCAUGCAGCAGAUGGUGAAGGAUGUUAACGAAGGAGAAGCAGUGCACACCCUUCGGAUAAAAGACAUACCUCACUCGAUUCAUGUAGCAGUGGGGAAGAAGACCGCGUCAGAAUGUGAAAGCGAGUGAUCUACAGCAGGUUGUCAUCAAGUCAAGUGCCCUCUUCAAGCACAGCAGUCGAUUGUAGCAGGACUAUCAGGAGCUAUGCAUUGACAAUGGAAUAGCAAUUUCAGAUGUUAAAAAGCCACCUGCAGUUGUGCCUCAGAGGUGGUACAGCCUUUACAACUCCCUCAAGGUGACUCUCGAAAUGUGGGAUUGCCUUACACAACUUAUUGAGAGUCACAGUGGAGGAAAUGCUAAAUACAGAAACUGAGAUGUUUACUGUCUGGGAAGAAGCAAGAACUGUAUGUAAAAAGCACACUAGCUCUUGAGGUAUUGGAUCCAAUCACAGAUGUUCAGCAGCAGCUUGAGAGUGAGAAGGUACUGCUCCCACAAUACUACCACCUUGUCAGUCUUAAACUUCAGGGAGUGCUCUGCAACAUCAAAGGAAUUGUAAGGACAAAUGAGAAAGCAUGUCUGACCUUGACAAUGCUACCAAAGGAUAUACGGAUGACUAUAAAAUCCGCAAAUCCUCGAAUCCUAGGAAGGGAUUCGGGAAUCUGAAUCCCAGUGCCCGAAACGGCAGAUAGACUCCACUAACCACGUUUGUUUGUUUCUUUUUAAAAUUGCCACCUCCGGAGUCUGUCAAAAACUGGUUCUUUGCUUUCAAAUUGAUUGGCACCAAAAAUAUCGCGAUUUGAGGAAACUGCCGAAAAAAUGGACCUUUUUCACAUACGCGUCGUAUCCUAACGGCUCUCCAACGAACCAUGCUCGGCGCGCAUCAAAACAAAUCAGCGUGGGUAGCACAAAGGACCAAAACUGGUCCGGAGUGGGGCCGACAAGGUCGCGCCAUUCGUGCGCUCUCCCCACUGGUCCCCACUUCUGUCGUCCCCAUAGUGUGCCAUCUAGUGAAGACGGAGAUAAUCCUCAGUGGCCCCUCAAGGUCAUACGCAUGCGCAUAGGCCAUUGUGAAAAAGGUCCAUUCCUGAUCACACCCCCAUCGACAGUAACGUGAGAAAGACUUUUCAAAAGAUCGGGUGUCAUAGCUGAUUUAAAAAGAAAAACAAACAAAAAAAGAGUAGACUGGACCCUGAGCGGGUGGCAAUGCUGGUGUUCUUGAACAAAAAUCUGCAUUAAUUUACAACUUUCAUAAGAACUGUUUUUUGUUUGUCUGUUUACACUGCUCUGGACUGAAAGAGCAACUCUUAUAUUAGAAGAUUAAAAGUAACAUGGUUUUGCUUUUGUCUGUUUCUUGGUUUUGUGGAAAGAAUUCAGACUGUCUACUAUAAAAGCUACAUGUCCCACCUUUUGUGAUCAUUUGCUUAACAAAUCUCCGGCAACCACAAGCAGAAACUUGUCAGGCACUGAAAGCAUUCAUUCACAGUUGGACAUCUAGAAAAAAGCUUUAGUGCUAGACACGUCCUUCACAGCCUCAAUGACGAGUGACUUUGAAGACUAUGAGGAACUGUUCGCUGUAGUCACGCACUGCAGUGAAGAACUGAUACUAUCAGAAUUUGGACAGUACAUGCAUGAAGAUACUCCUUCAAGUGGCCACCUUGUGACUCUGUACUCCUGGAAGUCAGCAUCAGACAGAUGCCCAGUGCUUGCCUGUGUAACCUUGUCAUUAAUCAGUCUCCUUAAUGGGAAUUGCGACGUAGAGCGCAGCCUCUGCUCUGUGUGCCCAGACUCAGGCUUUUACAUUAUCAAGUUCAUACAGUAGAUAGCCUGCAUGUACACCAUUUUGUCAGCUUUAGUAAGUUGCUGUACAUGCAGAACCCAUUGAGAACAUCAAUGGAUGAUGAACUCCUGAGGGCACAACUGAUACUUUUGGUGAAUAAGUGAUAACUGGUACUGCCCAUCUGCACCAUAUCAGCGGUGAGGAAAAAUGUCCUCGUUGCAGGUUAACCCGAAAAAUAACCUGAAUAAAAGCACUCCACUUGA